AUGGCUGGGGAAGGAGGAAUGGUACCUAACGCUGAUGAACCUGGUGCACCAGAACGCAGAGCAAGUGAAAGGUUCCGAAAGCACAACCCACCCACUUUCAAUGGAAUGGGAGAUCCAAUGGAUGCAGAAAAAUGGAUACGGUGCUUGGAGCGAAUCUUCGACUUCAUGGGUCUUACUGACAAGGAGCGUUUGACAUGUGCUAUAUUUCAACUAACAGACGAGGCUGACUAUUGGUGGGAGUCAGUGCAGAGGACAUUGUCGCCACAACAAUGGGAGGAAUACACGUGGGAAAAUUUCAAAGUAGAGUUGUACGAGAAGUAUAUUCCUCAGAGUUAUCGAAUCAAGAAAGAAGCAGAAUUCUGGAAUCUUCGACAAGGGAAUAAAUCUGUCACUGAGUACGACAGACUAUUUGUCCAAUUAUCACGCUACGCUCCACACUUGGUGGAUACUGAGGAGAAAAGAUCUGAGAAGUUCAGGCGAGGUCUACGACACGAGAUAGGAAUGCCCUUGGCUAGUCAAGGAACACUAACAUAUGCUCAAUCCUUGAGCAGAGCACAAGAUAUUGAAGCUAUGAUGCCAGAAGAAAUGAAAACACUUAAUCAAGACAAUAAGCGUGUCGACAACAACAACAAACGAAAAAGAAAAUGGCAAGGGGCUGAUUAA